CUGAUUGUGCAGUUCAAAAAGCGGCCAACGUUUCCCGGUGAGUAAACUUGUGGCGGUUUCCUACUUUAACUCAGGACGCUGACCUGCAAAAUGCUCCUUGAAAACCUUCACGGUUAAAAAAUAUAUAUAUUUAUAGUUAAAAACUAAAACUGCCCUCGCGUUAAAAAAAACGCGAGGAACAAAAGAGAUAAAAUACACUUGAUCUAAGUCUGCGAGGGAAGUUGAGCAGGUGGAACGUCGACGUCGGGAGUCAUUGAGUCUCACUGAAGCCCGAGAGUGUCGCUUGUCACCAGAGUGUGAUAACAAGACAACAUGUCCAAAAUGACCCAGGAAAGUUACGCUGCACUGGACGAGUCCUCCCUCCGUGCUUUGCUGGAUGGAACCGUGGAUCUGGACGAGAGACGCAUCAUCCGUUCAGCGAUCCGCGAGUUGAGGAGGAGAGAGAUCGAAGACAUGGAGGCCGCACUGGCCAGCAAGAGGUUUCGCCACACACGGCUCAAUCAGCAGGAGGACAAAGAAAACCACCACAGGUCCGAUUCCAGCACGGCUUUGGAUGUCCUGUCACACAAACUAAAAGCAAUCAGAGAUGUCGACGAACUCACCAAGAUGCUCCGUGCUGCCGGCGAGUACGAGGAGAGGAAGAUGAUUCGAGCAGCCAUUCGACAAAUCAGAGAUGAACAGCAGCAAGGACCAGUGGAAAGAGUUAAAGCCCCAGGUCGUAGCCUGGAGACAGAAAGUCUGGAGUCCCAGAGCAUGAAGGGCACUAUGCGGCGAGAGCAGGACUGUGAACAAGACCACAUUAAAUCUCAGAUCCGAGAGUUGCGUGGCCAGCAGACGAACCAAAGUCGAGAGCUGCACAGACUAGGCUCCAACUCCAGCAUGGUACUCGUUCUUGACCAUUUGGCAAAAGAGGAUGGCUCUGCACCUCUGCUGAUCCAGCCACAGAGAGAAGCAGUGGUCACAGAGCCUGACCUGGUUCUGUCUCACCAUCAGACGUCUGAUUCUGCAGCUUCAGACUGCAGCAUGACCUCUUUACUUUCCAGAUCCAAUAUGGAUUCUGUGAUGACAGAAGAGAGCCUUAACUCAACCUACAGAGCACGUUCAGAUUCUGGAGCCUCAGAAAGAAGCCAGCGCUCCUCUCAGCGCAGCAGACAAGACUCUGGGACGUCAGAGCAUAGUAUCGAAUCCCAAUCAUGCAUCAAUCAGACAAUCGCUACAGGUGGCUCCGAUUCUUGUGUCGGGCUCCCUCUUGGUUCUGGUGGUUUUGACAGCAUUGAUUUGUCAAGAAACCGCACUGACUCUGGAACAUCAGAUCACAGUGUGAGUAUGUUCUCUGAAGAGAAGUGUCCAGAAGAUGGAGAGGAGGUGGACACAAGUGUUUCAGCUCACAGUACCGACUCGGAAAGUGAGAACAGAAGCCUCCACAUUAUGUCCAGCCAUGACCACCUCGUCGACCAGGAUCUUACAGAUGGAUCGGCCCUGUCUCGCAAACUGCCUGAAACUUCCCCGCUCAAUGGUAUUGAAGAGGAAAAGCACGACAUCCUGAAUCAAAAGAUGAGAGCAUGUGAUCAAACCCUCACUCAUGGCAAGAAUGCUGCACCUGAGAAGAAAGAUCUUCCGCUGGAACAGUCCAAGCGCACCAACUCAGUUCGGGAUCGGAUGCGCAAGUUCAAUGAGGCCAGUCAGAACAUAAUUUCCCCAGCUUUGAAGAAGGCUCCCUUAAGCAGCAGUGGCCAGACAAACUUCUCCAGAGGUGCGGAGCUGUUGACUCCCACUGCAACAUCCCUCAUCACUUCUGGCAACAGGCCAGCAUGGGUGCGCGCAGACACCGCAGCGAACACCUCUGCUGCAUCCAAGAGUCAGGCCACACCUCAACUCAGAGGUGUGGCUAACAAACCUCUGCCUUCAACCGACCAAUCCCAGCAGGCCAUGGGUGGUACGACGCACCCGGCCGAGAAGAGUGAGCUCGUCUUGAGGGAGUCAAAGGAAGACCAGACCCCAGGGAGAGAAGCUGGGCAGCAGAACACCCAAGAAGCAGACCAAGACAUGAAGACGGUCCUCACCAUUGAGAUCAAGGAUGGUCGUACGACAUCUUCGUCUCGGAGGGGCAACAUUGUCCCCAUCAGCAACAUGUCCCCACGCAUCACAGCUAAUGCACUGGGGCAGAGAACAGAGCUGACUCUUGGCCUGAGACCCGCACCAUUCAAGAUCACCACAUCUGCCUGCAUCUCUUCUGGAUCCUCGAUUAAGAUGGAGACAGAGCCCGUCGCUGCCUCAGAGCCGGUGUUUUCAUCUGGGCCGUCAGUCCAAGUGCACAUCCCAAAUGGUUCCACAAUCCAGGCCAAUGCUGAGGAGUCUCCCGGAAAACUGACUGCUGACCAGUUGGCUGCUAUAGAGGAUGAAGAGCUCCUCGACAAAAUGCUUGAUGAGUCCAAAGAUUUUGAGGAAAGGAAAAUGAUCCGUGCAGCCAUGAGGGACCUUCGCAAAAAAAAGAGAGAGGCCAUGCUGGGGUGCACUCAAGAGGAAAUAGGUAGGACAGAUCAGAGAGAAAAAGAACGUGAGACUCGUCUGCAGGAGCUCCGGCAGCAGAGAGACGAGCGUUCUAACAAAAGUCGCACUGGAGUCGGAGCGGGAGAAGUGGUGAUGAGGAAGGUGGAGAAGUCUGCAGAUGGCUCCACACUUAGUCAAGUUACCAAGACAGACCGCUUUGCUCAGUCCGAUGACGGCAGCAGGUCAUCUCGCAGCACUGUCUUUGAGGCCAGUUAUGUGCAGAAAACAGACAGAGGGACGGUCCAGUCUAAGUCAUACAGCUAUACGUCUUCGUCCUCCUCUAAUACAAGCAAAAAAGUAGGCAGUGUGUUUGAUCGCGAGGACGAGUCGUCGUCGUCGUCUCGCAGUGGCGGGUUGGCUGCGGUGGAGCGAAGGCAGGCCGAGAGACGCAAGGAGCUGAUGAGGGCACAGACUUUGCCCAAGACCUCGGCCAUGCAGGCCCGCAAAGCCAUGAUUGAGAAGCUGGAGAAGGAGGGAGGCGGCCCGGGACAUCCGGUGGUUUCCAAAGUAAACAAGGUUCAGCGUUCCACCAGCUUUGGUGUACCCAACGCUAACUCCAUCAAGCAGAUGCUGCUCGACUGGUGCCGUGCCAAGACUCGCUCAUAUGAGCAUGUGGAUAUACAAAACUUUUCAUCUAGCUGGAGCAACGGCAUGGCAUUCUGCGCCCUGGUACACAACUUUUUUCCAGAGGCCUUUGACUACAGCUCCCUGAGUCCCAGCAACCGCAGGCAUAACUUUGAGGUGGCCUUCAGCAAUGCAGAAACAUACGCCAACUGCAUGCCUUUGCUGGAAGUGGAGGACAUGAUGAUCAUGGGAAACAAGCCCGACUCCAAAUGCGUGUUCACCUACGUGCAGUCUCUGGUCAACCACCUGCGCAGGCACGAGAUGGCCAUGGGUCGGCCCUCCGACCUUUUGACGUAGGUUUGGUGACUAAUGUUGAGCUUCGGUGUGCCGGGUCGCAUGUUCGCUAACGAACAAAGGCACGGUGGAUUGUGUGUGAGUUUGUUCAAUAAUUCCGUCAGCAGUGUUGGUGUUGUGCUCUCCUGGAUAACAUCACAUAUAUAGUUUCUAACAAGAUCCUGUUGAAGGAACUAACUUUAAACGUGCCAUUUUCAAAACAGUCACCCUUUUUGCUACUUUUUAAAAUUUUCAAUUCAGUCAUAUAUAAAAUGAGUAACACACAGUAAGAGAGGCAAUGAUAUACACAACUUCUCUUUUUAACUUAUUUAUACAUCUAUUUUGUAUUGUGUCAUCGUUCCCACCAAACAAGAAUUCUUGUGAUGCGUUAUUGGCAUCUAAUGUUGGUACUUUGACAUUUUGGACCCAACUCCUUUACUCACUUUAUUAUUUAAAGUUAUUGUCCUUCUGGUGUCACCUAACAUAUUACUAUUUAAUGCAUUCGCACUGGGUUGUUUAUUGUAGUACAUAUACAUCUGUAUUCAUAUCGAUGUAAGCUGUCUGGUCUGCAGUGCUCCUGAAAACAAGCAUCAGGUUUGGACAAAACUUAUGUACUGUGUGUGUCACAAUGACAAAUGAUCAGUGAUCUUGCCGCCACCAUCACGCUUGUUUAUUCUUAAUGGGAGGGGGCAACUAUUGGUAACAGAUUAUUUUUUUUUAAUGGGGGGGGGAGGGCUGAUGAGCACUAGCUCUCAGUUUAAACAAAACACCAAACAUGAGUGCAUGUGUAUAUUUUACAGGUAAAAGAAUUUUCAAAUGUUUUUUAAUGUCUACAAUGAGCAGUGUUUUAAGAUCUUGGUUGGAUAAAACUAAAUGUAUUCACUCUAUUCUGUAGCUUUUGACAUAAGAUGAAAUGCAAUCCCAGUGCUACCAACUAAGACAAACUUUCCACACACAAGGCAGGGAGUGUUGUACAUAAAAUGUUUCUGUGCACCGCACCUCAAUGUGAAUUCAUUAAAGCAGGCAAACCAA